UGAUCAAUAUGCAUACUUAUGUUUGGUGAUGCUUUGACUCAACACUCACCAAAUUCUUUCCAGUGCACCUCCGAUCGACUCUAUUUCGACGUUGUCACCAUCGGCCUCAACAGCGAGCUCGGCGUUUCUCAGCAGUUUGCUUCCUUUGCUUUAAAAUCGAUCUCAUGCUUCCAUAACUUUGAAAUCGUGGUCGAUUGCUGUCAUCUGGUGUUAUCCGAUAUUCAUCGAUAAACCCACAGAAUAACUUCUUUAAGGUGUCCCUCUCCGUAAAUUCCAUGACCCAAUCACUCAUACAACCUGCAAGUUGCAGCAUGUUUGAAGAUGAUGAAGACUCUCUCUUUGGCUCGCCGCCUCCAUCUCCAGCUAGAGGUAGGUCACCGGCGUUUCCCGCUCAAGCAGCCCAAGAGAGGGGCGCAGGCAUAACACAAAAUGUGGGGGCCAUUGCACUUCCUGGUUCCCAUAUGUCAUGUUCUGAACUACCAGCCGACCUAUUAGCCUUGCCGUUCGGCAGCUUUAACACUCGCGAGCCUCCUCCCUCGCAUGCGCUGCCAGUGAAAAGCACCUUGCAAGCGCCGCAAUCGCCUCGUGUUGCCUCAUCGGUACCUUUUUCGACAUCUCGCCCCUCUUCGAGGGCCACGGGAAAACGCAAAACAACGAAAUCACAAUCAGCAACACCCCGUCCUGCACCCCCGCCUAUACCGUUCCCUGGCCCAGAUGAACCACUACCUUCCAAUUUUUUGCGCAACCAGGAAGCGUUAUUAGGCAUAGCUGGCCUCGUCGGAAACGUGAAGCCAACCAGCCUUCCACAACAAACAAUCCGCGGGUCUACGCCUUCUAACCCCAUCAUUAUUGAGGAAUCUGAUCCGACGCGCCUGCCUCAUGUCGAUCCUAGUCAGCUCACCUCCCUCAUCAGACAGAAAACUAUAUUUCCCGUGUUAUCAAGCAUCAUGAAACUCCUGGGCAACUCUCCAGCUGCGUCCACCCAGCCACUUUUCACCAAUGAUUGCCCAUCUUCGCGCCAAUGCAGUGAGCCCGCAACGACUGCUCCACCCCCACUGAAACGACGCAAACUCACAAGCGUCCCUGCUGGUGCAGUGGAGUGGGAUGUGCCUUACCCAUUUCCUGAAGGUGAGGGCCCUAAGGCAUAUCACGCUACAUGGGAGCGGGAGCGUGCGAGGCAUCUAAUUACGCAGCUUGUGGAGUCGAUCAAGGCUGCUUUCGAGUCAUCUCCGCUUGAUGAUGAUCAGGUUCCACCAUCUUCUUCGCAGUCAUCCAUGCGCACCUCUGAACCCUCCAGGCACACGUCAUCACCAUCUCCUGUAUCACCUACAACUACCAAUACCUUUCAGCAUAUAAUUCCGGACUGCACCAUUGAUCCUGCACUUCUUGCUAUUUCCGUUCCACCAUCAGUCACAUACAAUGCAUCUUCCCCGGUUCCCGCACUCGUUCAUUCUCCGAUCACAUCUACCGAAUCGUCUGAUGGGGCUCUCACCCCGCCUGCAUAUAAUGACCAAGAUUCAGUGGCUGCUGCCAAAAUGUUAUUGCAGUUCGCUACAAGACCUGUUGUACCUUCGCCUGCUCCCUCACACAUAGACAUUUCGCCGGCAGUACUCACGUCAUAUCCUCAAACUACCCCAUCAUGUUUCUCGCCAUUGACGCACCUGCAGUCAGUCUCUCCUCAAAUAUCUCGCUCGCCGUCGGUUCAAUCUAUGCACAAACCGACUCCUUCCGUUCCUCGUCGCGCCGGCUUCAAGGCGGCUCAUAAAGAAGACAUUCUCCACCGCGCACGGGAACGUCGCCGACAGAUCGUUGGAGAGAUCGAGCGGGCAAAGGUUGAGUUAUGGGAGACGAGUAUUGAGGGAGGGGUGUUGGGGCAUCUCAUGAAGGAUCCAACACUAUCUUGACACGUUUACUUACGAGAUUCGACGUGUAUUGCAUGCAGUAGUAGCUCAACCCGUUCCCAGAGCCAUGCAUUCACUGUCUUAAUGUCAUACAAUGACUCGCCUUCGGUCGGCUUUUGUACGAUACACUGUGUUCACGGUAGUGAGAUGCGAGUGAUGUCAAUUGAGUUAUGUGAAUAGAUACAUGAUCGUCACAGUAGCAAGUUGGGAAAUACAAUAUUAGCACAUUCUUGUCUUUCGUUUGCAUCUGCAAAUAGACACAAUGUAUCUCUUCGCGUUCUCACUCUCGACAAUGCUGUAUACAAUUGACCGUUGAGCAAAAGGAUCCGUUCGCAAGUCGAGCACCGUUCUUCCUAGCGUCAGUCCUUGACAACCAUUAAAAGUAGUUGCAUAUGCGAGUCAUAGAG